GCUAUUGGUAUAAUGAUCGUGGUUGCUAUUGUCAACCCAUACCUCAUAAUACCCGGUAUAUUUCUAUUUGCACUAACAAUAAUCAUCAGGGGUAUUUACAUCAAGAGUGCCCGGGACAUAAAGCGUCUGGAGGGCUUAACCCGUAGUCCAGUCUAUUCACACGUCAGCACUACCCUUAACGGGUUGGCCAGUAUCAGGGCAUACGGUGCUCAGCAGGCUUUCCGGGAUCAGUUUUACACCUACCAGAAUGACCAUAGUGCCACGUGGUUUGUAUUUUUGGGUGCAUCCAGGACACUGGGACUAUUAGCUGACUGGUUAUGCGUGGCAUACCUGGCCGCUAUUGCUGCCGUAAUCAUGGCCUAUCAGCAUGCCCUUAUGCUCACCGGUCAGACCCAGUUUGGUGUCCGACAGUCGGCGGAACUGGAGUCCCAAAUGACAUCAGUCGAGCGUAUCAUUGAAUACACUAAACUACCCCAAGAGGCGGCCCUCGACUCGGACGCCCAGCACCGGCCCCCACAAGACUGGCCCCAAACCGCACGCAUAUCACUGGACCGGAUGUCCCUCUACUACGACAACGAGAAGCCUGUCCUCAAAGAUAUCACAUGCGAGAUAAGGGGCGGCGAGAAGAUCGGUAUCGUCGGCCGUACCGGUGCCGGCAAGUCGUCCAUCAUAUCGGCCCUGUUUCGCAUGGCUGAGCCCACGGGCCGUAUACUCAUCGACGGCGUCGACACCAAAUCCAUUGGUUUACACGACUUGCGACGCGAGAUAGCUAUCAUACCUCAGGAUCCGGUGGUGUUCUCGGGAUCCAUGCGCCGCAAUCUCGACCCCUUCCGGGAGUACUCCGAUGAGGACAUGUGGGAGGCCCUCGACGAGGUACAGCUCCGGCAUGUGGUGAAUGAGCUACCGGGCCGUCUGGACGCCGAGCUCAGUGAGGGCGGCGGUAAUUUUAGUGUGGGUCAGCGCCAGUUGGUGUGUUUGGCCAGGGCCAUUUUGCGUAGGAAUAAGAUCCUGGUGCUCGAUGAGGCCACGGCUAAUGUGGACCACCAAACCGAUGCACUCAUUCAGCGGACAAUACGUAAUAAUUUCAGUAACUGUACGGUACUUACCAUCGCUCACAGGCUUAACACGAUUAUCGAUUGCGACCGCGUAUUGGUGUUAGACGCCGGACAACUACAGGAGUUUAAUGAGCCCUUCAAACUGCUCGACCAAAAGGGCUCUUUCUAUGACAUGUGCCAAAAGACUGGCCCCGAUAUGUAUAACCAUUUAUAUAAUUUGGCCAGGGAUGCACAUAACUUAAGGCUAUCAACUGGCACACAGUUGUAAAUUGUGAUCAAUAUUUUUAAAGUUUUUACUUAAAAUUGGUUUUCAAAUACUUAUUUUUAUUAAUAAUGUAUCAAGAAAAUUUAAUUUAACACAAU